AUGUCGCUCUUCUCGCCUCCUCCCUGGGUUUUUCCGACCAUUUCGGCCUCUACCUGGCUAGCAAUGCUGCUGGCUAUGCUUGGGCACUGGACUAUGAUCGGUGAACCGAGAUAUGGCCUCAUGAAACCUGGCCAGAAUAUACCGUUCAUUUCGGAUAUAGGAGCUCAAGAAUUGAAGCCAUUGUUCAUGAUUGGAUGUAUCACCACAGUGUUGCUUCUCAACCUCUCAUUUUAUCAAUUCAUCCAAAACAAGGGAUACGUCAACAAGCUCUGCACACACGCAUCCUUCUUCUUUACAGUGCUGGGAAGCACAGGCUUGAUCCUGCUAUCCGUCUUCGACAACAUCGACCACCAUAUAACACAUGAUGUAUUCGUCACUAUAUUCAUUGUGGGGUAUCUAAUCAGUGCUGCCCUGAUGUGUUUAGAUUAUGUCCAUCUAGGCAUCUCGCAUGCUCUGCGAGAGCCUAUGAUCUUUACAAGCUUUGUGAUCAAGCUGUCCUUCAUCAUCGUCGAACUCUCCCUCGUCAUCGUAUUCCGUGUCACCGAGGCCAUCCACUAUAACCAGAACAACAUGGCUGCCACACUUGAAUGGGUCAUCGCCUUCGUGUUCACUGGCUAUAUUCUCUCCUUCAUCGUCGAUCUACUACCAUCGACUCAAAAACAGCUCCAUGUCGAAAAAGGCUAUGAGCAACUCGAGAUGGGGAUGGCCCACCCAUAA